AUGACGUACGUGCAGCUAAGGCCACCCCCCCCCCCCCCCCCCGUGCUGAGCGUACCACUGACGGAGCUCCUGGGGCGACGGAGUGUGCUGCAGGCUCUGGCCGCCGCCAGUGCCUCCACGACCACCACCGCCGCCGCCACCUCCUCGACCACCUCCUCCCCUGCCGCCGCCGCGUCCACCGCCGCCCCCACCACCGCCCCCGCCCCUGCCACCUCCCCCGCCGCUGCCGCUACCACCCCCACCGCUGCCACUAGUCCCCCGAGUCCACCACCACCCCCACCGCCGCCACCACCCCCACCACCGCCUCCCCCGCCGUCACCUCCGCCUCCCUUGCCCCCUUUGCCCUUGCCGCUGCGGCGCCCGCUCGAAGCAGACGCAGCCCCGACCUUCUCAGAACCAAGAGGCACCUACAUCGACUAUGCUAGCCUUUGCCAGUUCCUUCUCGAGGAGGGCAAUGGUGAGCUCAAUGGGGCAGCGAGCUAG